AUGGAAUUAUUUUCAACAAACCAGUCAUAUCUUUGUUCGAAUAUAAAAUAUAUUCAUUUUGAUGGAAUUAAUUCAAUAUCUUUUGAUUUUAUUUAUCAUGAAAUUUUUUAUCAUAAUGAUAAACAAAGAGUUUGUUUUCCUAAUCUUAAAUCACUCAAUAUUACUCAAUGCUUAUUAUCUGAGCCAUUAAUUGAUACAUUAUCCUUACUUAUUCAAGAUCAAUUAGACCAACUUACAUUAACAUUCCAUCAAUAUAUUUAUAUAACAUUUGAUUCUCAAUUAGAACUUUCGUUAUUUCUUUCUAAUGACGAUCAAUGGACAAAUGUUAAAUGUGUUUAUGACGAAGACGAAUCAUAUCAACAUAUUUUCUUUGCUUCGGAUUUCAAACGAUUUCAAUACUAUGAUAUUUUAAGUAAUCAUUCAUAUGCAUAUAAUUAUUCAGACCUUCAACAAAUUAAAGUUUAUUUGAAUUCGCCACUUUAUUUAUUUCUCAAACAAUUCGAUAGACUAUGUCAUAGUGUAUCAUGUAUCACACUUUAUCCAGGUAAAAUUUUUUUUGAAUAUUUUUAA